CAAAACCUUCUGUGAACCGACGCUUCGAAUGUCUGAAGCGUCCGCUUACAAAAGCCUUGGCUAGCGGCUUCAACCAUAAUAUUCUAGCCCACGCCAAUUUGCUUCGAAUGCAUUUUCUCAGAGGUGAAAACCAAAACACAAGCCUCAUGAGUGACCUAAACGAGUGCAGUUCUACGUGCUUUUCCCAAAACGUAUAAUCGCCUAACCGUUGUCUGGCCAUAUCUGUUUGAAAUGUUGAAGAAGAAUUUAUAAAACAGCUACUGUAGCCCAGAAAGAAAACAGUUCACUACAAUUUCACGAUGAGCAAUUUAUUUAUUGUGAUUGGUUCAAUGUUGUUUGUGGUAUGCUGGCUAGUGGAAGCCAAACCACAAGGAUGCUACAGUUGUGGAUCGUCACAUAAAGAAAUCACUGAGAAGUGUUGCAACAAGUGUGAACUUUGUCGAGUCAGUUUCGACGUUGAGAAACCGGCCGAUCCGGAAUGUGUCAAACCUCGGAAUUACAGCUACAAUGUGCAACAUUUCAAAACAAAUUGUCGCGAAGAAACUUUUGAUACAUUGAACGCGGAAAUUGAAGCUCCACCAGAUCCAAAAUGCCCAAAAUACCAUCCUAAAUAUUAUCGUGUGAAGAAGCCACCUGUGAAGUGCUUUUCGGCAGAAUCUGAAACGCAUGAUGUUGAGAUAGAUGUACCGGUUCACAAAAAGCGCUGCAAAAAACUGAAGUUAACGGCGAAAAUUGAUUACAAACCAAGACAUUGCGAGUGCGAUUGUGGGUAUGAAAAUUAUCAUAAUAAAUCUCUUUCAGCAAAUGCUAUAUGUCCCUAUCCUGUCGAUGAAUACGGUCACAAAAUUCUGACACGUAUUAAACGCUCCGAGAACCAUAUUGGAAUAUUUAAAGAAGAAUAUUACCAUCGAAAUCAACGACGGUUUCGCAAACGAUCCAAAUCGGAGAACCCCCUUUGCAUGGAAGGAUAUGUUUGUAGAUGCGUUCCAGAAAGUGAUAGCGAAAAAUUGUUUGUAAAAACUCCUAUAACCACAACUACAACUACCGAAGAACCUAUGGUUGGGAAUUUUCUAAAUAUAUUCAAUGAAGAGCCUGUCUACAUUGGUGGAGGAGACCCUCCCUCGUACGAGACUAUACGGGAGCGUCUAGAAAGAAUAACUCCCGGCAACGAAAAACAGUCAACGGUCGAAUUAAUCGCAGAAUUGGGAAAAAUUUACUACGAAAUAUACAAGAACAGAGGGCAUCGGAAUUAUUCUUUGCCAAUCAAAUAUGGUACCAAAACUAUUCAGUAUGACGAUCAGGGAUUACGGACGUAUGAUAUACAGCCGGUGGAUGGUGAAUAUGAGCCAUCGGCCUGGAAUGCACUUGCCGGUUUCACAAAUGAAAUGUUCGGUCGUUUCAUGGACAAUAGAAUUUCGAGACUCCAACAAAGAAGGAAACUUGGAUUUGGCAUUAAUAAUCAAUUACCCCAGAAUUCCUUCAUGCAGCUUCUGAACACGUUUAGGAGGGAAAAACGACGACAGUGCCGAGAUAAUCGAUUAUACAAAAACAUUUCAUAGAUGACGUUCUUUCAUUGCAGCAUUAUCUAUUCAGUUAGAUUUUAUAUGAUUAUUAAAAAUGUUAUUUGAAUACUCCAACUAAUGUAUGAACUAUUUUCAUCUAGCGAAUGAGGACAACCGACCCGGACUUACACCGUUGAGGAUCACGACCAAUACAUCUCCAGCAUUAUAACGAUAAUUAAUCGACAUAUCCUUGAUUGACGUUUACUUACAAAUGGAUGGACUUAACUCGAAUCACGUACCGUCGAUACUAUACAAAGCUUGACAAGAGGAUAAUAAAUAACAACUGAGAUCGGAACAAAUACAUUAAUAACAACAUCCGAAAUAAUUCAGUAAAUUCAUCCUUUUUUCAUUAUUCGUUUUUUUUACAGGCUCAGUUACAUAAGUUUGAAGGAGCCAAUUUCUCACUAUAUUUUUAUAACUAUACGAGGGCGGGCCGAUAAGUUCUUAGCCUCAUCGCCCGAUGUCAAAAUUUCAGCCGAAUCGGACUCAUAGUUUGGUUGUGACCGUUUGUGGAAGUAGGCGUGUCCGCGGAUUUCAGAAAAAUGGAAAAAAUGGAUACCGCCGUCGCCACGGCCAAAUUGGUAAAAUUGCACUACGAACUGCUGCCCCAUCCCCCGUAUUCUCCAGAUUUGGCCCCGUGCGACUUUUUUUUGUUUUCAAACUUGAAAAAGUCACUCACCGCGCAAAAAUUUGAGCCGAAUGAGGAGGUCAUCGCCACCACGGAGGCCAGACCUCGAGAAAAAGUAUUUUUCAGAUGGAUUAAAGAAGUUGGAGCAUCGCUGGGUCAAGUGUAUCGAGCUAAAAGAAGACUAUGUUGAGAAAUAAAUCGGCAUUUUUCCAAAAUUUCAGUUUUUUUUUGUAGGCUAAGUAUAUAUCGGACUGCCCUCGUAUAUAAAAAUACUAAUUCAUAUAUAUCUACAA